AUGGUUUACACCAAGAAGCAAGUUCUUUCUUCUCAAGACCAUGCCUCUACAUCCCGUGGAAGAGGAAGACCCCGCAAGGCUGUCCAAGAAGCAACCAAUCCAAAAAGAAGGAGAAUCAUCGAUUCGUCAGAAUCGGACUCGGAAGAAGAUAUUCCUGAUGUCGAGGACGAAACAGAAGAUGAGCGAUCGGAAGUACCGAUUCAGGAGACUGGCUCAAAACAAAAACGGAAAAGAAAGAACAUUUUCACGGAAGAACAGUAUCGGUUGCUCUUGGCAACGCUCCAGGAAAACCAUUACCCAACGAAGGAGCAGCGAGAAGAGUUGGCGGAAAAGGCGGAUCUAACCAGACAGCAGAUAAGAAGCUGGUUUGAGAGAAAUAGGCGGAAAAAUCCAACAUUAUUAAAGUAUCGUCAACUGACAGAGGAACAAACCUCGAAGUUGGAUGAUGUUUUUGCGGUUAACCCUAGGCCAGACAAAGCAACUAUUGCCUCUUUGGCUUCAGAGCUUCAAUUGGAGAAAGAUCGAGUCAGAAACUACUUCAUGAAUCGCAGAUCCAAAACAAAUGCGAAACUUCCACGUCCACUGAAACUUCCACUUGAAGAAGCCGAACCGAUUUUACUCGAGGUCUUUCGAAAAAAUCCGCAAUUCCGGGAUUACAAAAAUUUCGAAUUGAGAGAAAAGACAGGCUGGUCGGUCGCAAAAAUAUCAAAAUUCUUCGUCAAAUGCAGAAAAGAAAAUGGGAUUGCUGACCAUGUUCCACUCCCUGAAGAGGAAGCUGUACCAAUCCUCAUGGAAAUGUUUAAGAAGAACCCGUUAUUCAAGGACUAUAAAAAUAUUGAAUUGAAAAAUGAACUUCACUGGGGGUACCAUAGAAUUAGUAAAUUCUUUAACGAACGAAGAAAGCAAAAUAGGAUAAGCAAUGGGCCAAAAGUAAGCACCCGGGCCCAAAGUAAGCACAAUAGGAUUUCGAUUGGCGAUUCUCCACUCCCCGAAGAAGAAGCUCAGCCAAUUCUCAUGGAUAUUUUUAGGAAAAAUCCACUGGUCCAUGAUUACAAGAACGUUGAACUCAAAAAUCAGAUUCAGUGGACGUACCGAAGAAUCGAGAGUUGGUUCGUUCGACAACGCAAGUCAAAUCAGCAAGAGAAACUUGAUCACUUCAAUGACGUCAUGGAAAAAGCUUUCCAAAAACAGCAAUAUUUUGGAACUCGAAGUGAAGCUUUGGAAGUGGAAACUGGAGCCUCUUGGAACAAGAUAUUAGCUUGGCUUAAAAACAAAAGGAAAAAUACUCUGGAAGCAUACUUGACAAAAGAAACUUCGUUCUUGCCUAAUGACAUGGCCAAUUUUGAGAGGAUUUACAAAAAGUACGACAGACCCAUCUGCUUCGAUGCAGUUCGUUGUAUCGAACAAAAAGAGAAUGUUUCCGGCUAUAAUCUAUCAGAUUAUUUGAUGGACCGACAGAGUGUGCAAGCUAAACUUCGGAAGGAGAAGGAAGGCGUCCAGAUGGAACCGGAAGAGGAGGAAUACGAAGAUGAACAGGAUGCUCAUGAAGAGGAUCACAUUGAGCAGGAUUUGGACUAUCAGAUGGAUUCAGAGCAUAGCUUCCAACUAGAUGCUCACCAAGAAGAUGAAGACCACGGGGAAAAAAGAGGUGCAGAAGAGGAUACUGAUGAGGAGCUGGAAGAAGAACCGGUGGAUCAAAGUGAACCAAACAAUCAAAUGGGCCAAGAACCUAUUGUCAACCGAGAAGCGGGGGAACUGGAAUUUGAAAAUGAUGACAUUGAAUUCGAUAAUCAAGAGGCUGCAGUCGUCGAAGAACAUCAUGGACGUGUGGAGGGUCCGGAGGUAGACCAACAAGUCCCUGAACAGCAAGUGACAGAACAAGAGGCCCAACUGGCUGCCCACCAAGAACCUGUCGUAGACGUAGAACAAGAGGAAGGGUCAGUAGAUAGACAGGAUGCUCAUGAAGAAUAUCAGAUUGAACCGGAACUGAACUAUCACAUUGAUGAAGAACAUGACGUCGAACCAGCUGUCAGCCAAGAAGCCGUUGCGGUGGAAUUUGAAAAUGAGGAAAUUGGAUUCAAUAAUCCACAAGAGGCUCUGUUCAACCAAGAACUUCUUGAACAAAUCGAUGAAACAGUAGCUGACCUGAUCGCUCCUGUGAACGUCAAAGUAGAAUAUCCUGACCCUGACAUUAAAAAUGUUGAACGUCUGGAAAACCCAGUGAAAGAAGAGGUUGUGGAUGAAAAUGAGGAAAAUGAACUGGUGGUAUUCGACGUUAUUGAUCUGGGUGCCUCGCAGGAUGUCGAUGCUGUUGGGCCCGUGUCAAUUGUAAGAAUUCAAGCGACAAUGGAGGAUAUCCAACCUGAUAUUCGCGAUAUUAUUGGAUUCCCGGAGAUAGGAUUCGCCAGGAAAACGGAGAUGUCCGAGAACAAGAGCAGGUUGGACUUGGAGAAUCUGACACUGCCAUUUAAUUGCUCCACGGAUAAUCUACGAUGGUCGAUUAAGGAAUGGUUCGGUCGACAAUGCCGCAUGAAAAAAACAGAAUCAAUUCACAACUGCCAUGGAAACAUUCUUCCAAACCAGCCAAUUUCUUGA